UCAUUACAUUACCCUCCCGAAAAAUUUCUGGUUUCCCUCCUUCCCCUUUCCCAACAUUCCCUCCCCUCUCUCCGUUGGAAUCUUCGCAUUUAUUCCCCCCAUUGUCCUUUCGCUCGCCAACAUCACUUGCAGCGUCUCUUUCAUCCAAAUCUGCACUAUUCAUUUCCUAGGGUUUUGAUCUUCUCUUCGUUUCCUGAACUGUUGGUUCUUCUUCCUGCAAUUUUGCGUUUUUGGGUCUAUUCCUCCUCCUGCUAGUCCAGAUUUUAAGCUUCCCAGGAUUGUUUUUGUUGAAGUAUGACAAAUAUUGCUCAUCUGCUUCCUGUAUUUAAAGAUUUGGAAAUUGUUCUCACUGUAAUGGGAUGAGUUAUUUGCCCUGUGUUGUUUUCUUCUUGUGGAUUGAGUGAGCUUAUCGAACGGGAUUGGUUUAAGAUUUUACUCGGGCAACAAUGGAAUGCAACAAAGAAGAGGCUAUGAGGGCAAAGGAAUUGGCAGAGGAGAAGAUGAGAGCUGGGGAUUUUAUUGGUGCUCAAAAGUUUGUCAAGAAAGCUCAGCAACUUUUUCCGAAUCUGGAGAAUUUAACGCAUUUGGUGACGAUAUGCGAUGUCCACUGUUCUGCACAGAAUAAGAUCAGUGGACUGGACAACUGGUACGGCAUUCUUCAGCUCAAGCAUUUUGUUGAUGUGGCUACAAUCAAGAAGCAGUAUAGAAAGCUCGCGUUGCUUCUUCAUCCCGACAAGAACAAAUUCUCCGGUGCAGAAGCUGCUUUCAAGUUGGUGGGGGAAGCGAACAGAGUGCUCGCUGAUCAGACAAAACGUUCGCAGUAUGACAUCAAGUAUAGGAUCUUUUCAGAGGUUUCUGCUUUGAAAUCAGGGAACAAGCAGCCAAAUACCAACUCUGCCAAACAGUUUGCUCCUGCAAAUGUAGCUGCAAACUCUGUGGGGAAUCAAAUCCCAAUGAAUCUUGCCUUCUGGACGUGUUGUGAGCACUGUGGGUACAGGUACAAGUAUUUGAGAGAGUACGUGGACAAUGUAAUGCAUUGUUCCAGUUGCCAAAGAUCAUAUGUGGCUGUUGAGACGGGACCUUAUGGUGUAUCACCCAGAUCAGCCCCUAGUCAGGUUUCUGCACAAAGUGAGGUUCCAAGUCAGGGGCCACGUAACAUGCCUCUUCACAACAAUAGUGCUGAGCCUACUGGAGUGCAACCUGGAAAUGCUCCAACCAAGAUGGAUACAAAUGAGAUGAAGAAGGAAAAGCUCAACGAGAAUGAUGGGGGAGAUCAUAAAACUGAUACUGAAGUAAGGAAACCAGAGGCAGAAAAGGUGGAAAAGCUCAAUGAGAAUAGCAGGGUAGAUCAGAAAACUGAUACUGAAAUAAGAAAACCAGUGAUAGAAAAGGAUAGUGCAGAUACUGAUGCCAAAGUUAGUAAAGCUGCAGAUAACAAGGGAGGUACGAUGAGUUGUGCUGAAGUACCAAAAGCUAAUGCAGUGAAGGGGCAAUCUAAGCUUAAAGAGUCAGUGGGCAGUGCAGUAAAGCCUAAACCUGAUUUAACAAACCCUAAUGGCAAUGAGGCAUCAAAGGGAAAAAGUAAGGAGAGAAAUAGGAGAAAUGUUGCAGAGAAAUCCAGUGAAAGUUUUGAGAUUGAUGGAUGCGAUAAUAUCAGAUCUGAAAAUGCUGUGAAUGGAAAAAAUAAGAAGAGCUCCCAAAGGAAAAAGCGGAAGGUGUCUUAUGCAGAGGAUGGAAAGGAUGAUGAUGAUGAUUCUGUAAGCCCUCCAACAAAAUCAUCAAAAUUGCUUAGACAAAUCAAAUCUGAUACUGGUAAGAAAGAAGCAGCUUCGGCUGAUGGGUUAUCUGGAGGUGCUACUUCUGAUGGUUCUCCUGCCAUUGCAGAAACACGUAAAGAAAAGGCAGAGAAGAAGGCAGGUUCUGUAUUUGAAGACAUCUCGUCAACCAAAGACAAGCGAAGCGAAAGUUGUGAAAGUAAUGGUAAGGGGGCAUUUCCCUCAAGUAAGGUUGACGAAAUUGACAAGGUCUCUGAAGCUAGUAAAGAAAAUCCUAAGUCAGAGGAAUACCCAGAUCCUGAAUUUAGUAAUUUUGAUGAGCAAAAGGGGGAAUUUGCUGUCAAUCAAUUGUGGGCUCUCUAUGAUCCUCGAGAUGGCAUGCCACGGUUCUAUGCUCAGAUCAGUGAAGUGUCCACUUCCCCGCUUAAGCUUCAGAUGGCCUGGCUUGAGCCUCUACCAGUUAAACGAAAUUCAAAAAACGAGAUUGAUAUCCCGAUUGCUUGUGGAGUGUUUAAAAGUGGGGAAAUGGAAGAAACGGGAGAUCUCUUGAUGUUUUCUCAUCAGAUGCAUUGUAACAGACAAGGCUCUCGCUCUUUCAUCUACCCGAAAAAGGGAGAAACUUGGGCUCUUUUCAGAGAUUGGGACAUCAGUUGGAUCACUGACCCGGAUAAGCACAAACAACCUUAUAAAUAUGACUUUGUCGAAGUGUUGACUGACUAUAAAGAGAAGGCUGACGCUAAGGGUGUCUGUGGCAUUGGAGUGUACUAUCUUGAAAAGAUGGAAGGGUUUGUUUCCCUUUUUGUUCGGGCUACACAGGGUAAGGUUCUAGCAUGUAACUUUUUGCCAUCGGAGAUGCAUAGAUUUUCUCACAAAGUCCCGUCAUUCAGAAUGACUGGAACAGAAGGAGAAGGUGUUCCUGCCGACUCAUUUGAGCUAGAUCCUAUUGCUCUACCGAAAGAUAUAUUUCAGCUCGAUCCUCGUGAAAUUAAUGCAGAGAUGGAUGGACAGAACCUGGAUGGCAAAGCCGGUGCCAAUUGUCCUACAGCUCCUGAGAUUGAAGCAAGUCCAGAGAGUGUUUGUUCUCCAAUGAAACGUCAGAAAAUUGAAAGAGACGAUGCUUCAGUUGCCGAAGUAUCAAACAGAAUAUCCAAUGAUCGGGAUAAGAUUCCCACUAAUGUUUCGUCACCUGCAGAGAUUGAAGGCUUAUUCAACAGUGGUCAUGAUUCAUCAUCUUCAUGUCAAGUUGAUGAAAUGAAUACAAUAAAGAAGUCUGGGAAGAGUGAUCGGACUGUAGAUGGUUCGAGGCAACAAUCGACUCAUGUUCUAAGUGAAAAGAACAAUCUAACAAAUUCGAAUCAACAAAAGGCAGUGAAGAAAACUGCAAAAGACGGUGGGUUAUCUGCUCAGUCUGAUCGAGUUGGCCUCUCUGGUGGUAAGAUGAAUACCCAGGAAAAAGCUGAGAAGGAUCUCAUGACUGAUUCCUUAAGAAUCAGAAGAUCUCCCCGAACUAUAAACAAAAGAACAGAUGGCAGUCUACAAGCGAACCCGAGGAAACAUGAGAGCAACGAUAAACCAUUCUCCUGGUCUGAGGAAUAUGUUUCCCCGACAAAGUCAAAACGUUCCAAUUCUGGUUGCAGGAAGGGGCAGGAAAAUGCGUUCAACUUCAAGGAGGAAAGAUCAGAGGACAAAUUCCAGGUCGAUCAGAUAUGGGCUCUUUGCAGUGCUGACAAAGGAAUGCCCACAGUGUAUGGUCUGAUCAGGAAAAUCGAGACUGUGCCUAUAUUCAGGCUGUUUAUUACUUCUCUAGAGCCAUAUCAACAACCAAAGAAUCUGACCCGUCCUGUCUGCUGUGGGCUUUUCAAGAAGAAAACUGGAAAACCAAAAGCCUUUCCAUCCAGCAGCUUCUCCCAUCAGGUAAGCGCCAAAAGGACUGGCAGGACCAGUUUCGAGGUUUACCCGAGGAAAGGCGAGAUCUGGGCUAUGUACAAGAACAAUGACAGCGCAUCUUGUACUGACACAAGUGAAUACGACAUUGUUGAAGUUCUUGAGGACAAUGGGCAGAUCAUAAAGGCCAUGCUGUUGACGAGAAACCGCUCUAGAACUCGUUACAUAGCUCAGAGGAAUCAAGGCACGAAGACAGUUGUGAUGGACAUUCCGAAGGGAGAUGUGGCUAGAUUCUCACAUCAGAUUCCGGCGUUCAGACACCAUACCAGAAGAGAUCAGUUAGGUUGCGAGUUGUGGGAGCUCGACCCUGCUGCAAUUCCAGGCCUGACCAUAGUUAUAGACUGAGUAGCAGUAGUUGUUUCUUGUUGCCUAUACAUAUGUACAUAUGCAUAGCGCCAUGGGUAAGAAAUAGAGGAGCUCUUUAGGUGAAGAUGGCAGAAUCUAGAAUCAGCUUGAAACCUUGAGCUUGACACACACAGUGUGUGGCCUGACCUUGUUGAUGGGUUCAGGGCUUUGUUCCUAGAUCCUGUCUUCCUGUCUGUCAGGCGGGAAGUUGCCUUUUAUGCCUUUAUGGAUAUAUUGAAUCUGAACUUGGUCUUUUGCUAACAGAACCUGACAUCUCCAUAUUAGCUUUUGUGAAUUCAUAACGCUUUUCCAUAA